CAAGCUUAUAUCAGUGCUUGUAGGUGUAUUGCCGAGGAGAGACACGAAUAUGCAUCGAUAUUUGUGUACUACACGAACGCUACUGGCUACAAAACUUUUUUGACUGCAGUGAACACAACAUCGACGAGCCAAAACUUACCCGCCACCGCAUUAGGGCGUUCUGAGAAGAGGACGACAACAACAACAAGUUUGACAAGUAGCUUGCCCUCGUCUCAGAGAGGAAGCAAAAAAAUGUCGUCGCCACCGCGUCACCCUGCUGGCGGUGCAAAAAUGAGAAAGAAUGCCACACUUUCGUCUUCCGCUGAUGAAGAUGCGAAGUCCAAGCCAUCAUCAUCCAAUUCGCAACAGCAAGAGCAGCUCGUUGCAACGACUUCCGCCACGAGGACCACACCACCUGCCACGACGAAGACUAGUCCGUCCCCUCCACCAGUCCUAGGCACGUCUCCUACCCUCACGAAGCGCAUUCGCAAUUGGCUGAAGCCCCUUCUUCAACGGCUGGACAGCGGGCAGCUCGCCACCCUCGGCGUUUUAGGCGUUGCGUUUGUCCUCGCACUGAUCUUCAUCUUCGUCGCCGGGCCGUUACCGCUGCACCCGGCCAAUAAGUACCGGACCCCCCCCUGGAAGUGGUAUCGCUUCGAAAAAUGCAAGUUGGUAGAUUCCGGCAGGAAAGCCGACCGAAACGACGGGGAUAGCUUCUACGUCGAGUGUCCAAAGCAGCAUGUUAUCCCGAUCGGAGAUGAGCCGUCAACAUCUUCAGGUGAACCUUCAUCGGCCGCGGCCAGUACUUCUCCGGGAACUACAACGGGGCCAAAUAAAGACACGGCGGCGAACAGCAAAGGAAAGAAGAUGGGCCUCAAGACCGAGCUGCGGCUCUACUACGUCGACGCGCCCGAGAGCAAGUACAAGGUGUACCGGCACGCCUCGCAGAACAACGGGAAACGGCUGCAGGAUCAGGCGAACUAUUUUGCGAUUUCCAAACCCUUUGACCCCUCGCUGGAAAACAGCCGGGCGGACCGGUUUUUGAAGGCCGAAGACGAGGGCCGGGUCUCCGCGUACCAUGUGGGGGACGAAAAAAUACCGGCCGUUUCGGUGAUCGGCCGGUGGGCGAAGUCAUACACCCGGGCGAGGCUGAAGAUCCUAUGCAUUGCAAAAGUACCACUGCAUCGUCCUCGGCGUACUAGUAAUUGCAACCGUGCAUGUUGUUCUGCUUUUUAACACUAUAUCUGGAUGGCAAGCUGCUUUUUUGUUGUAGAAGUGUAUGCAAUUUGCAAUUGCAUAAGUGCGUCGUCGUGUGCGAUACAAAAAUACUUUUGCAGUGCAUAGAUCCUUGCGGAGAACAGUUUCAUUGUUUGGACGAUGAAAGAACUUGUGUACGGCGACCCGGACAGAAUGUAUGGAUUGGUAGAAUUCAAACCAGAAAUCGGCUCUUUGAAGGAAACUCUCAUCUCGCCGUUCCUGCGGGAAUCAGAUAGAAACUCUGUCGCGAAACUCGGCCCCGAGAUCCACCGCUUUCUGCACCGGGAGUUGGUAACCAAUGGCUUCGUCCGCCUCCGGCAGACGAAAGGCCCGGGCGUGGAGUUUCCCUUCCCGGGAGAGAUAGACGUGAGUGAGGAGCAGUUUCUGGCUCUGCUGGAGGAGCAGGCGAAGGAGAGUAAGUACGGUGGCUGGAAUACGGGGUUUGAGCACGGGGUUGGAACGAGGAGGGCAAGAAGCGGGAAGGAAGACGGGGGAUCGUGGUGGAGUGGGGGCGGGAUAAGCUCUUCGAGAUGAAAAGUGACCCUGCCCUUCAGCGCGUGCACGUCUUCAAUUUCACGACCUUGUUUAGAUUGUAAGUGGACGAAUGCCAUUAUUAAUGAUCGCGCGGCAGGCUCAGACACGAAUUGAAGUGGAACAAAUAAUAAAGUGUAGUUGAAGCACGCAGAGCCAGG